CAUCUCCUCUGUCAAGCACGGUUGUUGGGGUAACUAGUAAUUGGGUGGUCGCCAAACUGAAAUUGCACCUAAAAAAUUAAUUCUUUUAAUCCCAAUCUUGAAUAUCCUCGUUUCCCCUCAAAUCCUCCACACCAAAUCAUUAAUGGCAUCUUCUCCAAAUAAUGUGAAUUCAAUUGUAUUCAUUCUCAAUCUGAAUAUUUUUCUUGCAUUAUAGUAGUUGCACUUGUCUCUUCCAACACCACCAAACAUUGUAAUUUGUUGUUCUACUACUAUUAAUCCUUGAGUGGAAAGGGGUUUGUAUAUUGCCAUUUAUUCUUCUCUUCUCUUCUCUCACCUUCUCCCAUUAUUCUGUAUAGAGAUUUACCAGACGCCCUUUUUUAAACAGAUAUCUGUAUCAAUUUCCCCAAUUCUUUCUCCCUUUUCAAUCUUGACGGCUUAUUUCUUUAAAGCAAAGUUGAUUGAAGAUAAAAUGACUCAAGCUUUGUGCGGUAGUGAUCAUGAGAGCUCUGAAUUUGAGGUGAAGUUCAAGUCUUUGUUGUACAAGAUGUUCUGGGAUUUCGGCUUGGGUUGUGUUAUCCCCCGCCGCGAGAAGGGUUUGGAUCACAACAAGGCGUGGUUACUGGCGGAUGCCGGCGGCUGCGCGGCGGAGGAGCCGCACUCGGUUCACUCCUCUUUUAGGUUCAGCUUGUGCUCUCAGGUUGAGCUGGAUUCCAUGACUCUGAAUAAAAGCAACACUGCUGCCACAGUUUUAAUGGUGAAUUUGUCUAAAUCACAAGAUUUGAAAUGGAAAAGAAUUGAGUCUUUGGAGAGAAGAAGGGAUAAUUCUCUGAUUAGGUUCAGCUACUCUGAUAUUCUCUCCGCCACCAGAAAUUUCUCCAAAGGUAGAGUGUUGGGGAGAGGGGCAUUGAGCUGUGUGUUUAGAGGGAGAGUGGGAUUCAUGAGGACUGCAGUGGCGAUCAAGAGGUUGGAUAGGGACGAUAAGGAGGCUUCGAAGGCGUUUUGCCGGGAAUUGAUGAUUGCUAGCUCUUUGCAUAACCCUCACAUUGUUCCACUGCUAGGCUUUUGUAUGGAUGCUGAGAUGGGCUUGUUUUUGGUGUACAAGUAUGUCUCCGGUGGAAGCUUGGACCGAUUUUUGCAUGAGAAGAAGAGGGGUGUGACUGUGAAGGGUAGUCCGGCUCUUCCUUGGCAGGUUAGGUACAAGGUAGCCGUUGGGAUUGCUGAGGCAAUCAACUACUUGCAUAAUGGAACGGAAAGAUGUGUUGUUCAUAGGGAUAUAAAGCCCUCUAACAUCCUCGUUUCCUCCAAGAAGACGCCUAAAUUGUGUGACUUUGGCUUGGCAACGUGGACUUCUGCACCCUCGGUACCAUUCCUUUGCAAAACUGUCAAAGGAACGUUCGGGUACUUGGCUCCCGAAUAUUUCCAGCACGGGAAAGUGUCGGAUAAAACUGAUGUCUAUGCCUUUGGCGUUGUGCUCUUGGAACUCAUUACUGGUAGGAAACCGAUCGAGUCCAGCAGAGGGCCGGGAGAAGAGAAUUUGGUCCAGUGGGCAAAGCCCCUGUUGCAGCAAGGAGGUGUAGAAAAGCUGCUAGAUCCACGGCUAGGAUUCACCCCGAAGAGCAUGAGUCAAGUCACGCGGAUGGCACGAGCUGCGGCCGCUUGCAUAAACAACGAGUUGAGGAGGCCCGAGAUGGGAGAGAUCGUCACAAUAUUGAAGGGAAAAGAAUCCACUGUCUUAACCAGAAGCAAGACUCUUCUUAACAGUGGUGUGACCGAUGCUCACCGCGAGUUGUUGCAAACAAAGACUGAAAUGAAGAAUCAUUUCGCGAUGGCCAUGCUCGGAGUCGAGCUUGACGACGAAGACAGCCUUUAUCGUUGGUGAUACGUCGGCCUCACAUUUCUCAUUUUAGGUCCAACAAGUUUGAUUUUUGUACAGAAAGCCAACUUGAAUGCAUAGGAAGUGGCUCAAUUUGACCCUUUAUUAGCACAACGUGUAUUGUGCUGGCCGUAUAUAAAUAAUAUAGUAGCAUCUAUUAAAAUUUAUAGGAAA